GUGUGUAAACAGUUUAGUAUACGGUACCAAUAGUGUCUUGCACACCCUCAUAUAUCCUCGGCUGGAGAUGGCCUAAAGAGCACCGCACGGAGCACCUCCAUUCCCACCUCUCCCCUAGCCUAGCACACCUCUAUUCAAAACUAAAAUCAAAACUAAAACACAAUCACCUCCACACCACUCAUACAGCAGCAGAGCCGCAUUGCCAAACCGGGCCAGCCGCAGUGCAGCGCCCCCACACCGCGCACGCGCCGCGCCGGGGAGGCGCCACCACCCGUCCACCCUACGCGCUUUCGCCUGGCGCUAGCGCUCGGUAGUAGUAGCAGGCUAGCUGCGGGAGGAGGCGAGAUUCCAAAGGGGAAAAGGCGCCGGGAGCAAAAGCGUAGGCGAGGUGCGGAGGGGGAAAAGCGGCAGUGGGCAGCGGGGAGGAGUCCAGUCCAAUCCAGCCGGAUCACGGCCGACGCGGAAGCGCAGGUGUGACUGGCUGGAAGGCAAGUGUGCUCGGCAAGCGACGCACGCCACCGACACCUCUCCCGUGGCGAUCGGAGCCGCGCGCUAGAUCCAACACCCUCACCGGAAUCGCGGCGGAUUCCGGCGCCGGCGGCCCCGCUCCGGAUCUGCAUUCCGCGCAGGGGCUUCUCCUGACUGCCUCGCGCCCUCGUCUCUCCAAAUACUCUGCAAGCAAUGGAUCGGCGCAGCUGGCCUUGGAAGAAGAAAUCAUCUGAUAGAUCAUCAAAUGCAGAUGCGUUGCAGAAUUCUAAUCAUGCUGAACAGGAAGAUAAAGCUCCAAAGUUUGUGCAAAUUUCACCUCAAACAUAUUCACAUCUUACUGAGUCAGAGGAAAAAGUAAAAGUUUUAGAAGAAAAUGUGAAGGUCUUGAAUGAAAAACUGUCUGCUGCACAAUCUGAGAUCACAACUAAAGAUGCUCUUGUGAAGCAGCAUGCAAAGGUUGCUGAAGAAGCAGUAUCAGGUUGGGAGAAAGCUGAAGCAGAGGCCUCCGCACUGAAGGUUCAGCUAGAAACUGUUACAUUGUCUAAGCUAGCAGCUGAAGAAAGAGGUGCUCAUCUGGAUGGUGCAUUGAAAGAAUGCAUGAAGCAAGUAAGGACUGUUAAAGAAGAAGGUGAGCAGAAGCUACAUGAUGUAGUAUUUGCAAAAACCAAACAGUGGGAGAAGAUAAAGGCCGAGUUCGAAGCAAAAUUACUUGAAUUUGAACAGGAACUCAUAAGGGCUGGUGCUGAGAAUGAUGCACUCACAAGAUCACUUCAAGAACGGGCAGAACUAUUGAUGAAAAUUGAUGAGGAAAAAGGUCAAGCUGAAGCUGAGAUCGAAAUUUUAAAAAGCACAAUUCAAUCAGGUGAAAGGGAGAUAAAUUCGCUAAAAUAUGAAUUGCAUGUUGUCUCCAAAGAGCUUGAAAUCCGCAAUGAAGAAAAGAAUAUGAGUGUGCGCUCAGCUGAUGUAGCAACUAAACAGCACCAGGAAGAUGUCAAGAAAAUAUCAAAACUCGAAGCUGAAUGCCAAAGAUUACGCGGCCUUGUUCGAAAGAAGUUACCUGGCCCUGCUGCACUAGCUCAAAUGAAAAUGGAGGUGGAGAGCUUGGGUAGAGAAUAUGGAGACCACAGAGUACGAAGAUCCCCUGCAAAGAAUUCUAGUUUUCAUCGGCCUAUGUCUCCUGUUCCUGAUUAUGCAAUGGAGAACAUACAUCACAUGCAGAGAGACAAUGAGUUUCUGACUGCUCGUUUAUUAACAAUGGAAGAAGAAACCAAGAUGCUUAAAGAGGCAUUGGCAAAGAGAAACAGUGAGCUGCAAUCUUCAAGAAGCAUGUAUGCUAAGACAACAGGAAAGCUCCGAAGCUUGGAAGUUCAAAUGUUGACUGGAAACAAACAUAAGAGUCCAUCAACUCCAAACAUGGAUAUUCACUUUGAUGGUGCAUUUAGCCAAAAUGGAAGCAACCCACCUAGCAUGACUUCCAUGUCUGAAGAUGGGGUAGAUGAUGAAGGAAGUUGUACAGAAUCUUGGACCAAUGCUCUGGUAUCUGAGCCCUGUCAAUUCAAAAAAGAGAAGGCAGCCAAGAGCAGCACGACAGAAAGCUCCAAUAGGUUGGAGCUCAUGGAUGACUUCUUAGAGAUGGAGAGAUUAGCAUGUCUGUCUUCUGAAGUUAAUGGCAAUGGCAGUACUGUUGACAAGAUGAAGGUAGACAAUGUUGGGGCUACUUUUGCUGGCUUUACUGAAAGAGAUGGUGUUAAAGAUUUGCAGUCAGCUUCACCAAUGUCAGAAACUCCAUCUAAUAAACAGUGUCUGUCUGAGAAAUCUCCGCUUUUGAAUUUCCAGUCAAGAAUAUCUUCCUUACUGGAUUCUGAAUCACCAGAGAAUAAUGCUGGAAAGGUACUUGAUAGCAUCAGAAACAUUCUAAAGGAUAUUGAAGAUGAGGCAGAUUCGGUGAAUGUAAAUGGGACUCAUCCUUCAGAUGGGACCUUAAGUUCAGAGAGCAAAUUUGCCAUGGAUCAAGAUCUUAAGAAUGCCAUAUUGAAAAUUCUAGACUUUGUGAAGUUACUUGAUCAAGAAAUCUCCAAGUUUCAAGGCCAGUCACCUGAUUAUGAUGGACUAUGUGAGAAAACACAACAGUUCUCUGCAUUAGUCGAUAAAGUUCUGUCAAACGUUGAUGUUCUAAAUGAUAUUGUCAUAGCACUGUCUGUUAUCUUGUCAGAAACUAGCCAGAUUAAGUUCACAUUGUUGAGAGACAAUAGCAAUGAAGCAGAAAGUAAUAACUUAGAUUGUGUUGAUAAAGUGACUCUACUUGAAAAUAAGGUGCAGCUUGAGCCAGUAAAAGACAAUGUUCCUGGUAUCUGCCCACUGUUGCCUCAUUCAUCUUCUGAUCCUGAGUUUGAGGGGCCUGCUGAUGCUAGAUUCGAUGUUAAGACUGCAGUGAAGGUGUACUCGCCGGAGGAAUAUGAACAACUUAAAUCUGAGAAGGCAAAUUUGGAGGGAGAACUAGCAAAGUGCAACAAAAUAAUAGAAGAAACAAUGGCUAGGUUAAGUGAUAUGGAGAAAAAACUGGAAGACCUGACAUCUAAGUUGGCUGACAGUGAGAAAUCAAAUAGCUUGAAUGAGACACAGUUGAAGUGUAUGGCUGAAUCCUACAAGUCACUUGAAUCAAGGAAAAUUGAAUUAGAAAAUGAGAUAGAAGCGUUACGGUCCAGAAUAGAUGCUCUAACAGCUGAACUCUUUGAUGAAAGACAGAGUCAUCAGGAGGACUUAGUUAAAUACAGAGAUCUCGAGGAGAAGAUGGAAAGGUAUGAGAUGGAGAGGAGUUCAAUUCUUGUGGAUGAGGACCCAGACAACAAGUCAAAGCAGGAGAGAGAGAUAGCGGCUGCAGCAGAAAAGCUGGCAGAGUGCCAGGAGACCAUAUUGAUUCUUGGCCGUCAGCUGCAAGCUAUGCGUCCUCCAGCCGAGUCGCUAGGCUCUUCACCUAAUCGGCAACGCAUGGAGGAGUUUCUGAAGGAUGCGGCAGGAACAACCGCAGGAGAAUAUUUCCAGAAACCUUCAGGCCAACCUGAUACAGACCAGGAUAUGCUUGGGACAGGAAAUGUGUCUCCGAUCAGUGGGUACAAGACACACAUGAUCCCUUCUGAUGCGGACGUUAGCCCUUUCCCUUCUCCAAACACCUCCAAGCGCCCGAAGCAUCGAUCGAGAUCCUCUUCGUCUUCCUCAUUCACCAACCACCAGUUGCCAGACAAACAGAACCGAGGAUUCAGUCGGUUCUUCGCGAAGAGCAAAGAGUGAAACUAUUCCGGAUCGCGGUGUUAGGUUUGUUGAUUUUUGGCGCCAAUUGGGUGGGAUGGUGGUCAUGAAUUUCUGUAGAGCUAGUGAGGGAUGCUUGCUUGUGCGUUCUCUCAGGUCAGGUGAUUCCUUUGGGUUGCUGGAAUAAUACUCAGCUUGCAGUCGAGCGGGUUGUGGCGAGAGUGUGUGGGGGAAUAUUUAAGUUGUCAGUCUCUUCUGCUAGAGCUUUUCUGGGUUUCUGUGUGCUCGAAACCUCACUAAAACCUCACUGUACAUGUGCUUACUUGCUUGAAGGAGCUUGGCUGUUGGUUUGUGUUUAAUCCUCUUGUGAAUUAGCCCGUGUAUUGUGCUUGUACUGGUUUGGUGUACAAUUAACCUGCGCCCAUUUCAAGGGUAUUGAUGUC